AUGUCGUACUACAACAGGUACAGAGGCCAACGAAACCCAACGUCUCAGAGCGAUUUGGGUGGAGGAAUGGAUGAGCCCGAUGCAGUCUUCGAAUUGGGCAAAAAUAAGAGAGUAACGGUUCGUCAGUUCAGAAACAUAAACCUGAUCGAUAUCCGUGAGUACUACGCCGAUGGAGCAUCAGGCGAAAUGAAACCCGGGAAAAAGGGUAUUUCUCUAACGGAAGAAGUUUAUGAUGAACUUUUAAAGCAUCGACAGAAUAUUGACGAUGCCUUGCGCAGAUUCGGCUCGAAAAGGCCGAGAACCAAAACUGUCAAUGUACUUUCAGACAGCGAGGAAACAAGUGUAGAUGUAGAGCCUCACGAGAAAGAGACCCGUGCCGCGAAAUCGGCGAAGAAGUCCGAGAGGACAGCAGAAAAGCCAAAAGUGAGAAAAGAACGCAAGCGGAAGGAACCAGCUCCACCACAGGCCCAGCCGGACGAGAAAAGACGCAGAAAUGACGAACUGGAGUCCAAUGCUCAACUGGUGAUUCCAGGUGGAGCGCAACUGGCUUCCCUACAGAGCUCAGCCACGAAAAGCAAACCCACAAAGCGCGAGGUAACUAACAAUCCUAGGCUGGACGAUGUACAUAUUCCUGUACAGGCUAGUAAUCCAAGACUAGACGAUCAUUUGCAUAAACUGACUCCCCCGGUGAAACCCGAAAACGACUCCGGCCUGGACUCGAGCGACGAGGACUUUGCCCUGGCGUUGGAAUCAGAAUUCAACAAAGAUGAUGAUGACGAUGAUGACGACGACAAUAACGGUGAAGGAGCGGCUGUCCAGGACCAUACGGACGGAAACAUAAGUGAGGAGUCAUGA